CCAAGACCGUCAUAAGGACAAUGGAGAGGGAAAAAGUUCCACCCUCACUAAUGUAAAGACCGCUUCAGUGGAGCAUGGGGUUGGUGCAGCAGCCUCUGACACUGGAAUAUAUCGGAUUAUUCUCCUGGUUGAUUUGUGUUUUGUUCUAGGACUACAAGUAAUGUAUUGGAAAAAUGAACUAAUGUUGCCUUGCUCCAAAGUGGACGAUAUUGAAAAUGGGUUCAACUCGAUCUCCAACAGCACGGUAAGCCUAUGUUCCAAGUUGGCAAAAAUUAUCGUGUUGAAUUUCUUUUGUUGUUAUUGCCAUUAGUUUAAAUGGCCUAUAAUUGGACCGAAUUGUGGCUACUCCAAACCGACAGGCUAUGAUUCGGUUCCAAGUUAACGAAAAUGUAAUAAUUUUAUAGUAGAUUUGAUGAGCCACCCAUUCGUUUUCUCGGCACAAAUCAGUUCAUUCAUUACCCGAGGGAGUUUGCGUUAUUAAUCAAACUAAAUCCCUGCAGCUGCGGGCUGCGCGCACGUUGAAGAGUGCUGCAGUGGCGCUAAUUGCCGAAAGUCAACAAACAUUUAGUUUGAUUUGGUCAUUACGGCUAUUUUUGUUGUUUAAUAUAGCCUAUUAUGUUCAGUCAGAUUUGUCUUCAAUUUCACUUUUAGAAUUGCCCUCCUGCAGACAACUAAUUUGACAGCAGAAACGGAUGAGUUGGUAAUGUGAACCAUCGAAGGGUCCUGUUGCGAAAAGUGCUUGAAGUAGGCUAUAACAUUUUCUCAAGAAUCGUACAAUUUGUUUUGUACACUUUUAUUCUUUGAUGGCAUCUUAUUCGUCGUUGUGGUUGUCAUAGCUAGCAGAAGUGGGGAAAAGUCCAUCCACAGUAUUUUUUUUGCUGCAAUUUCUUUUAACCCCUCACUAUGCCUAAGGAGGGAUGUAGAGGUGCAUCUUCCGACGCUCAGAGUAUAGGCGUACAAGUAAAAGGAGGAAUCAAACAGGUAACCUAUUUUACUAUGCGUAAAACCUUCACUGGAAAUUAUGCCAACUUCGCGCUUUCCUUCUCCAAACUCAGUUAGGCCACAUUUUAUGAAAUUAAUUUUUGUCCGUAGUUUACACAUGGAAAUGUUGUUUUUGUAAAUGUUAGUUGACUUUAAUUUAAUCCAUUACAUUUCUUCUAUCCAGGGCACCUCGGAUGAUAUUUUUGAAGACGAGUCAUAUUCACCGUCUUCGUCUUUGUCUUCAUCCUCUACACUGCAGACGAUGGCAUCAGCCUCUUUGGGGAAAAGCCUUUGUGGAAGUUGUGGUUUGGAGAUAGUUGACAAAUACCUGCUCAAGGUAAGUUGCCGAGCCUAUGACAGGCUUUAUUAGGCCUAUUCAACCAAGGCCUAAAAUGUUUAUGUUAAAUGGUUUUCCCACGUCCGUAAACUAAUAGGCCUACAGUAUUGACAUUUUCAACCGAGAAAGUUUGACAUUGGCCUAUUUGGUAAGUUAGCCUAAAUAAAAUCACAUUUCAGUUAAGAAAGUGUUGACAUUGAACAUUUAUCACUAACAUCGAAAGAUGUUUAUUUUCGUGUACUAAAACUGUAGAUUAAGCUACUCUUUCGGUUGAAUAAAUGUUUGAAGUCUAACUAUGCUAUGGCUACAUUUCAGGUGAACAACUUGUGCUGGCACGUGAAGUGCCUCUCGUGCAGCGUGUGCCAAACUCCUCUUGGAAGACAUGUCAGUUGUUACAUCAAAGAGAAAGAGGUUUUCUGCAAACUCGACUACUUCAGGUAAUUAUGUGGCCUCAGACUGUCUAUCUUAAGCCUGUUUACAUAAAAAAAAAAAUGGAUUCAUAGAAUGAAGUGAGAUAUUUUUCAUUUUGGGGGUUGACAUGACCUUGGGCCCUAUGAGGCCAUGCACUUCCUCAGCCUACAAUUUACAUUUCAUAUGUUUGAGACAAGGUUUAAAUCUUCAAUUUGAACAUAGUUUUUGAUGUAAAAAAAUAACUUCUCAUAACAUUUACAAGUUUAUAAAAGUUGUUAAAGAAUAUUUGCAUUCCCCACAGUUAAGUUAUUAGUAGGCUAGAAUUUAUUUUGAUACAAAUGUGUUGAAUUAGUAGUCUACAAACAUAUCAGUGUCAUGUUAAAAAAUACAAUCCAACUUUCUCACAGGAAGUAUGGAACUCGCUGUGCCCGCUGCGGCAGGAACAUCCACUCCAACGACUGGGUAAGGAGGGCGAAGGGCAACACCUACCACCUGGCCUGCUUUGCCUGCUUCUCCUGUAAGCGCCAGCUCUCCACGGGGGAGGAGUUUGCCCUGGUGGAGGAGAGGGUGCUGUGCCGCAGCCACUACGACUGCAUGUUGGACAACCUGAAACGGGCCAUGGAAAGUGGUAAGCAACAUUUUUAAGGGUAUAUAGAAAGAACAAGGCCUGUAUUUUGAGUAAAGGUGUUUUAUUGUACAAUAUUGACUGUACACAGACCUUUUUUCUACACAUUUAUGAUGUAGCAAUUUAAUUGAAGCUUGUUCUUGUGAAACAUUCAUUGAUAACUAAGAUUCAAGCUUUCCCCUAUUAUAAAUUCAUUUUUCUCAUUCUCCUUUACAAUGUCAUGACCUCUGGUUACAUGUCCUUACAGGAAAAGGUGUGAAUGUAGAGGGAGCCCUGCCAUCAGAGCAGGAAGGGUCCCAGCCCAAACCAGCUAAGAGGGCUCGCACUAGCUUCACUGCAGACCAGCUACAGGUGAACAUCAUGGUUUAUUUUUACUUUUACUUUUCUGCAUGUUUGGAAUUGCACUUGACCCCCCCCCCCCCCCCCCCCCCCCCCCCCAGACUCUACUGAUAGCUAAGUUAUUGAGGAAUAAUGUACUUUCUAUGCCUGUGAUAUGUUUGUCCCACCAAGCUAUCUUAAGAUGAAUGCACUAACUGUAAGUCGCUCUGGAUAAGAGCAUCUGCUAAAUGACUAAAAUGUAAAAGUGCCAAAACCACACCAAGAACAGUAUUAAUGUGUGUAUCUUGUCGGUCAGGUGAUGCAGGCUCAGUUUGCUCAGGACAACAACCCAGACGCUCAGACCCUCCAGAAGCUGGCAGAGAGGACUGGCCUCAGUCGCAGGGUCAUUCAGGUGAGCGCUCUAACAUUUUAGUUUAGUCAAAUAAUUAGGUGUCCCUGAAAUUACAAAGCUUAAUCCAUCCCUGUUCCAUCUCCAGGUUUGGUUCCAGAACUGCCGAGCUCGUCAUAAGAAGCACGUGAGCCCCAACCACCACAUGUCCUCUGCAGCAAUGUCAUCACUACAGCAGUCCAGGCUCUCUCCGCCUCUCCUGGAUGAUCUACAGUACACAGCUUACAUACCAACAGACACACCCAUGCACACGCCCAUGCUUACCGCACUACACACAUACAUGGAUGGUGAGCAAAGUCGGCACUUGGAGAUCACAGGUUCAUAUUUUUACAUGUCUUGUGUAUCAUAGUGAGAUUUUAUUGGAUUUGCUUUAGAAUUCAGUGCAAAGAUCUGAAGUCAAAAUAAUAUUUGAAAUCACAAUAUGAACACUGUAUCAAUAUUACUAUAACCAAUAAUGGGUUUUGGACUAACAAUAGCAUGUUUGUGUUCUUCAGUGCACUCUCCAUCCUCACUGGUGUUCCAGCCUAUUCUAUCCCAUUCCAUGACACAGCUGCCAAUCAGCCAUGCCUGAUCGUUACAUUCCACCCCCUGCAGAACCGGGCCUUACCAUUGGGUCAGAAUGCUGCGGAGCGAUACUCAUCGUCCAUCAAAGGGCAUGUGGUGCGAAUGUUAGAUUAUAUGUUGAGGGUUUAUCGAAGGAGAUACAAUGGUCAGAAUUUAAUGUAAAAAAAAGGCUGUAAACUUUUUGUUAAUAUAUAGUAUCUAUAUUGGCUAUGAAAUUUCAUAAUUUAUUUGACGCAUGUGACUGAGCACUUUGUUUAAAGUAAUGAAAUUAUUUGAUCUCUUAGUUUCUGUUUUGUUGAUAUAUAGCUGAUCUCUGUUUUUGAUGGCUGUGAAGAAAUCUGAAUAAAAGCCAUAUGAUCACUGCUGACAGGGAGGGACUGGACUUCACUAGAUGCUGUCUUGUUUGGAUGUUCAUGACAAACAUAAUGCCAUUUGACACACUUCAGUUUAAC